AUGCCUGUUCUUGGAACCUUACAGCUUCUUCUUUCCCUUCUCCUUCUGUUUUUCACCCAUGACUUGGCUACUGGAUUAACAUUCGAUAUCGUUAGCCUUGGAGCCAAGCCGAACGGCAAGACCGACUCCUCGCCUGCAUUUCAAACGGCAUGGACCAAUGCUUGCAGCUCAUCGGUACCGGCCACCAUUUACGUGCCAAACGGCGUGUUCUACGUUCAAAGUGGAAACUUUAAUGGGCCUUGUAAGAACAAUGCUAUUACUAUUCUCAUCGAUGGCACUCUUAUGGCUUCCUCAGACAUUCAAGUUUUAGCUCAAACUGAAUCUUGGAUAUCAUUUAAAGACAUAAAUGGGCUUUCUAUUUCUGGCGGUGUUCUUGAUGGGCAAGGAAUUGGGUUAUGGAACUGUAAGCAUUCAGGGCAGAGUUGCCCUGAUGGAGCAACGAAUCUUCUAAUCUCCAAUGCACAAAACGUAAAGGUCAGUGGACUAUCUUCGGUUAAUAGUCAAAUGUUCAAUAUCGUGGUGCAUGGUUGCCAAAAUGUGCUAGUGCAAGGAAUGAAUGUCUCGGAUGCCGGCGAUAGUCCGAACACAGAUGGCAUCCAUGUCGAACAAUCACUGAACGUGACCAUCUUGAACUCGAGCAUCGGCACUGGUGACGACUGCAUCUCAAUCGGUCCUGGGACUACCAACUUGUGGAUGGAAAAUAUUACAUGUGGACCUGGACAUGGAGUCAGCAUUGGGAGCUUGGGGAAGGAGGCGGAAGAGGCUGGAGUGGAAAACGUGACGGUGUCAACAGCAACUUUCAGAGGCACUGAAAAUGGAGUCAGAAUUAAGUCUUGGGGAAGGCCAAGCGACGGAUUUGCUACCAAUGUUCUUUUUCAACACAUUGUUUUUUAUGAUGUCAAAAACCCUCUCAUCAUUGAUCAAAAUUACUGCCCAAAUCACGAAUCCUGCCCCGGUCAGGCUUCUGGAGUUAAAAUUAGCGACGUUACAUACCAAGACAUGAAUGGAACAUCGGCCACUGAAGUAGCCAUCAACUUUAACUGUAGCCCAUCAAAUCCUUGCACUGGAUUAGCGUUGGAUGACAUAAAGCUGACUUACAAUAAUGGAAUUCCCCAAGCUUCAUGUGAAAAUGCUCAAGGAACUGCCUCUGGCCCUGUUCAACCUUCUAGUUGCUUAGCAUAG